AUUCUGCCUUCACGUUUUUCUUUUUCCGUCUUUUGCUUAUCCAAAUAUUAUUUUUCUUCUCAUUUGUCGACAUUAACUAAACUUAAUUUUAUAUUUCAUUGUUUUUAUUCUUUAUUUAUAAAAAUGCAAUUGAACACUCGCCUCGACCAGAGCUUGGACGACAUUAUUAGAGAGAACCGCAAGCAGCAGCCGAAGCCUGCUACGGCCCCUGCCAAGGCUGCGGCCAAGCCCAGGAUCAAGAAGGCGACGGGAAUAGCGAAGAGGCUUACUGUAACCAGCACAGGAGGUGCAGCAAACAAGCCGACAAGGCGUGUCAAUAAUAAGGUGGCUGCAAUCAAGACGUCUUCGCUGUCAAACAGGGCAAACAAGAGUGGAAUAACCUCGCGGCUCGGGACUUCAGCGACGUCGGGCGUCAGAGGCCGGGUGGCAUCGGGCAGAAUAGGGGCGCAGGCCGGGCGUGUUGGAAAGGCCGGGCGUGUCACCGAGCUGGCCACUCGCGGUAAGGCGCCCGCACUGGACAGAAAUAAGUCAGCAGCAGCCAUAGCCCUGCGGCAGCGAAUUGCCAAGGUGGCCGAGGCGCCCAAGAGGGGCGAGGCCGGACCAGCGACUAUUUUCAUUUCAAACCUUGACACGGAGGCAUCGGCGGAGGACGUCAAGACGUGUUUCAAGCAGUUUGGCGCUAUUAAGAACAGCACCCUUUUGUACGACCGUAAUGGGAAGGCGUCUGGACAUGCAGAGGUGACUUUUGCUGCGAAGACGGCGGCUGAGGAGGCGGCGGGGAAGCUCGAUAAUGUGCUGGCUGAUGGCCGCCGGCUGUCUGUUAGGGUGAUGCCAGUUGCGGCGACGGCCAGGGCGGCUGGUGCGCAUACGCAUACGAGUGGGAAUGCGCAGCUCGGCGGCGGCGCGUCAUCUGGGUCUGCUGGUGCUGGCCGCAAGUCUGGCCGCAAGUUCCAGAGGCGGGGCCCCGGCAACAGGAUGGAUAUCGACUGAGUAUGUCUGUCGGUUCUUCUGUUUUUUUAUCUCUCUCUUCUUUUCUUUUUGCAUUCCUGCGAGCAUCUGGGAGGCGUGUGCGCACGAAAGUGACAGCUCGGCUAGGAUUUCCUUUCUUUCGUAUCGAAUAAAUGUGCUUAACAUGGGAUCUGAUACAAGCCAUUGUUGAUGCCAGAGUUGAUGUUGGUUUCAACGUUGUCCUUGAUCUUAAAUUUGAUUUUAGCUUUUAGUUUUGUAAAACUUUGAUAUUUUGUAUGAUUGUGAUAGAAAUGUGUGGUUGGUGUGUCUGGCGGGUGACAAAGAACGCGCGUACGGAGAAAAACCGCUUGUACUAAUAUAUCCGCCGAAUUCAAUUUAGCAUCUCUUGUCCAGAAAGACGAGACUCACAGAGGCAAAGAGCUUCGCUCCUUACUAGAGUGCUAUAAUCGUACGCUCCGGUUAAGAAGCGCA